UGUGAUAUAAGCAACAAUAUUAGAAUUGGUAUUAUUUUGGAACCUUGUAUCGGGGCCUUAUAUACUCUCCAAAAUGGCAAUGGCAGAUACUUUAUUCUUUAAUGGAAAACAGGAAAAAUACCCGUACCAUGUCAACUAUCCUCCGAACGUUCCUAAAUAUCCAAGUUCUCAAGAAAUGUUCCGACGUGAAGUUCCUGAAAAAUACACCAGGAUAAUUGGAAGACAGUCGACACAGCACUGGACUGACAAAUGGUACGAUUCUGGAUAUCCAACUCUUAGAAGGGAAGAAUUACCAAAGCUAGCAGAUCGACAUGAACCUUGCAACCAACCCUGGCAAUACCAACUAGGAGUGUCAGCCGUGCCAAAGUGGACAAAAGACGGGAAGGAUUGGCCCGUCUCUUCCAGCUACCUUAAACAAGGUCGACCACCAACAGAAACCACACGUGCUCGUGGCAUCAAUCGUCUGUCCCUUCCAAAAGAGGAGAAUUUCUAUCCUUUCUCUAAUUAUAUGACAUCGACAUACCGGAAGCCAGUUUAUUCCAUAUUUGGGCCUCUACAGAAACGACCGGUAUACGGUGUUACACAUCAGCACAACAGACAUGGUUUCAUGUCCUUUGAAGACUAUUAUUAAAUGCAUUCGUUUACAAUACUUACUAUAAACGUUUAAAUGAUCGCAUUUUUAUCACACAGAUGCAUUUGUGUUCAUUUUGCAAUAUAUAUUUCCAUCGAAUAUGUAUAAUUUUGAAGAAAAAUGUUUUUUAAGUUUAAUGUGAUAAUACUUUGUCUUAAAACCAGGAAUAUCCCCACUGUUCUGCUAUUAAGCAAAAUAUAUUGAUUACGUAGUAAUAAUGUUUAUCAUUGUAAAAAAAAAAUAAUAUAUUGUCGGCAAUGCUUUUUGUGAUGACCUUGUGGUUGAUAUUCAUUGUAACUUUUAAUGGUAAAGUUUUACUCUUGUUAGGCAAGUGAUAUUUUGUUAAGACACGCAACCUUUGCGCGGGAAAUUGGGUGUAUGUAUUUAUUUUUGUGACGUUUUAUAAAGCUAUUGACGAGGUACUCUUACCUUUACUUUGUGAUUUUAUUCUAUUUUCGAAUUAUUUUGUCAUGCCUCCCCAAAUCUUCUGGCGGGCAUUUGCGUCUUCUUUGCUUUUUAGUAUGAAGCUAGCUUUGUUUAUUAAUAAAAAAAAUUGAUCAAAACGCAUCAACUUCACGUUUUUUGUGCCAUGCUUCCUUGAUAGAUUGAGUGUUCCAUGUUUAAUGAUUUGAACAUUUACAAAUAGCUUUUAUAUAUCUAUGUAGCUUUAUGUUACAUUUCUAGAAAUAAACAGACAUUCUUCUUUUUUUAAGUUAAGCAUGUUAAGUUUAUUCUGCUUGUUACUGUUGAAAUAUAUUUAUGUAGUGAAUAAAAGUAUGCUCACUAA